AUGGCUUUCAAGGGCCUCAUUGUCUCCCCCUUCGACGAUGCUGCCCUUGGUAAACUGGCUCUAGGGGAGCAAAGUCCCGCCAGCCCCGCCAGGAGAGCGUUUAAACUACAGCCGGGGGAGCGACCCGCGGCGCCGGCGGGGGGUGUCGCCGGGAGCGGCGUCGCCCGCCGCCGGUUGUCGGGCGGUCGCUGGCGUGGGGAGCGGACGGGCGCGCUCCUGUCCAAGCACCUGCGCGUGCACACGGGCGAGAAGCCGUACGCGUGCCCGGACUGCGGACGCGCCUUCGGGGGCAGCUCGUGCCUGGCGCGCCACCGACGCACGCACACGGGCGAGAGGCCGUACGCAUGCGCCGACUGCGGCACGCGCUUCGCGCAGAGCUCCGCGCUGGCCAAGCACCGCCGCGUGCACACGGGCGAGAAGCCGCACCGCUGCGCCGUGUGCGGCCGCCGCUUCGGCCACCGCUCCAACCUGGCGGAGCACGCGCGCACGCAUACGGGCGAGCGGCCCUACCCGUGCGCGGAGUGCGGCCGGCGCUUCCGCCUCAGUUCGCACUUCAUCCGCCACCGGCGCGCGCACAUGCGGCGCCGCCUCUACAUCUGCGCCGGCUGCGGCCGGGACUUCAAGCUUCCGCCUGGCGCCACGGCCGCCACGGCCACCGAGCGCUGCCCGGAGUGCGAGGGCAGCUGAGCCGCCGUUCUUGUCGCCGCGGGGCUGCGAGCG